GUUAGCUUAGUAUACCAAGUUUAAAUAGAAAAUAAAAUACCAAAUCAGUUAAGUUACUGGAAGAAUAUAUUAAAGUUUUGUUACUUGGGUAUUUACAAGGUCCAAAAUCCACAAUUAACGUAAUAGACUCCUGAGGUAUUGCAAGAAGACUGCUCCAAUACUAAUUCUCCAAUGUUGAUGUUGCCAGAGGUCGACCGAAGUACGUAGGAAGAAACUAUGGUGCUCCUGCGAAAAUUUGAAAUAGAAAGCAGGUGGUUAGAAUUGAUCGAUGGCAGUUGAGAUGAUGGAGAAGACGGAGAGUCGAAGGCAGAACUAUAUUUCCAUUCAAAAACGAGGUUGUCGUCAUUUGUACACAGCACCACGUCAUCCUCAGUCAAACGGGUUGGCAGAAAAUUUUGUACGAACAUUGAAGAGUACUUUAGCAUCAAUGAGUCCUAAGAAUUUUGAUGAGCUAGAGAGAUGUUUGGAUAUCUUCUUACUUCAAUAUCGCAGUGCGGACCGUACAAGUACUCAUGAAAGUCCUGCUAAACUAUUCAAAUCUCGAAUCCUCAGAAAGCAUCUGAUGUCCACGACUUCUGAUGUACAUUAUUACAGAGGAAAUAAUUAUAGACCUUCUGUUGGAAUCAUACUACAAAAAAUGGGAAAUCGAUUAGUGAAGAUAUUAGACAUCGAAGAUCAUUCAGUUCAUAACAGACACCUGGAUCAAGUGAGAAUAAAUGAAAUAAUUCAGAAAUAAGUCCAGAUGAUACUGAUGAGAACAAUACCACAGAAUCAGUUAGAAGAUCGCAGAGACUGGCAAGCAAACCGAGACUUCGUUAUAAAUACGCAAGGAAACAUCCGACGUGUGGUAGAUAUGGUGAUUGACAAUUUCUAUCUCUCUAUUGUUUAAACACUUACUGUUACUUGCUAAUAUAUUCUUAUGUGAAUUGAAUAAUAAUCUGCCAAAUACAAAUUCCUAAGUUCAUCCCUCUCUGUGUUUUGGUUGGAUU